AGAAGGACUACAUAAUGUACUACAUAAUUUUAACCUCCAACAACCGGUGAAAAGAAUAAAAGCAAGGGAAAGAUCUACCUCCGGAAAUUUGUACGAAUAUCUUAAAUUUUAAUGUUAAUGAAAUCAUCCAUAGUGAAAGUCUUCAACGAAUAACAUUCUUUUACUCGUCUUUCACGAUGAGUGUGCUCAUGCAACGGUUAGGUCGUCUGCGGAACGUGUACUCGGUGUUAUUGAGAGGCUCUGACAAUGGCAACUUCGUGCACGAUGUUUUACCAAAGUAUAAGUAUAGCAUUCCGAGCGUGGCAUGUAUCGAUUCGGGAAAAACCUUAGAAGUACAUGCUAACACUCCUGUCAUCGACAACGAGAAUAACAGCAAUCCAGAAAGGGUACAAGAAAAUGCGUACGCUCGCAAUCUUUUCCUGAACUCAUGGAAGUAUGAAAAGAUCGUGAUGCAACCGAUCACAACGUAUGCUCAUGUCACAAAUAAGGAAGCAUUGAAGAUCCUGGAACAAGAUUGGAAUUUGAUGACAAACGCUGAAACAGUAUCCGCCAUCAAGAAACUGUCCUAUAACUUUUCUUACAAUAAUGAGGAGAAGAUCGAGUCAUUUCAAUAUAUGAAAGCUUUCAGCAGAUUAAAAAUGGAACAGUUGACCAACGACGAACUGAUGACUAUAAUGCGGCAUCUGGUACUGUUCAACAAGCAUAUGAAACACUGCAACUUCUACUCCAAUCUCUGUACGUUAAUAGACAGAGAAUGUAUGAAGCGUUUCUUGAAGUUACCAAUAGAGCAGACAUUAUAUCUUUGUGACAUAAUAUAUCAGAUGACAUGUAAGAUUAAUCAUUAUUUUUCUCAAUACAUGUGGUAUUCCAUUAGGAAUAUAGGCAACAAACCUCAGAAACUUAGUCCUCAGCAACUGGUUCAAAUUCUGUUUUUUCUUAACAUACAUCGGAAGCCAUCUAUAAAUAUGUACGAGUUGGAAUAUCAUUUGGAACAGUGCAAGGAUGAAUUAUCGAUCAACGAGCUAGGUAUAGCAGCAUUGGGUUUUUUUAAGACUAGCACGAAAAUUAAAAACACAGAUUUUCUGAAUUAUAUCCUCCAAAGAUCUGCAGCUGAAAUAAAUGAAAUACAUAGUGUGAGCAUCGCAAGCAUUAUAAAAUUAGUACGAUAUAGCACGAAUCUUACAGAGUUGAAAUCGCUUUUAGAUUUAUUGAAAGUUUUGACGCCAUAUGAGCCACGUUACACGUUGUCAUCUUUAACGCAUAUCGCGCAAGCAUGUGGAAGAACUGCUGUGUACAACAAAGAGCUCAUGGACAGAAUAAUCACAAGAUUAAAUAAAGAAUUAAAGACUGCGAGGUUGAAGGAUUUCGAAAGACUCCUUUAUACUUUUGUUGUUCUUGAUAUCAAUUCAAACAAUAGUAUCUACCAGAACGUGAUCGAGGAAUUAAGGACUACAUGGAAUACUACUCGAGCAUUCGAGAUACAGAAGUUUCCACAUGUAGCUUCACGUAUUCUAGGAUAUUUGACAAUAAAAAGUAUAUUUCCCAUGGAUCUAAUCAGAUAUGUCAUGGCACCUGAAUUUGUGACUAAAACAUGCCAUGGGAAUUACCAUUUUCUUUCGCGCGAAUACCUCGUACUUGAUUACAGCCUUCGAAUAGAAGUACCCGAAUACGAUGGUCCAUUUCUGAAACCUACUUUAAAAAGUUUUUUAGAAAAGAAAUAUUACAACUUAAGUCUAAAGACUAAUUUAAGCUCGACUAGGGCGAAUAUGCUUUUCUCGGACGUGUUGGCAACGUGUCAGGAGUUGUUCAACAAUACGACGGAUAUAUCGAUAAUUCGUCCGUUACCAUAUUUUAUAUCACAGGACAUUAUUUUAUGUUUAAACGAGCAAAAUCAGCUUAUGCCAUCAGAGAAAUACUUAUCGCAAUUUGAAGAAAUUGAUAUUAAACGAGUGAAAAAUUUAAAUAAUGUCAGAUGGAUUGCUCUCGUCAUAGGACAUCCUGGAUUAUUAAUAAGGAAUUGUCGAAAUAGACCUACUGGAGCGUUAGCUACAAAAAUGAGACAGUUGUCUAUAAUUGGCUACAAGCCAAUUAUGGUAUCAUAUAUGACUUGGGACACACUUCAAUCGCCGCGGACAAAAUAUGAAUACAUCAAAAAUCUUAUUAUUUCAUAAGAUUUUUGAUGUAUUCAUAUAAUAUAUAAUGUCUCAG